AUGGCGGAUGAGUAUGCGGAGGCUUGGGGUAACCAAAUGAGUGAAACAUAUGGUCACCUGGCUCAGAGUGAAAGCGUCGAGGUGUCCGAGAACGAAUGGGAUCUAGUGGCGAAUCGGACUUAUGCUCACCUGCUAGAUAAGGCUAUCGUUUCUGACACUAUUAGGUCUGGAAACAUGCGUAAAAAGUUAGCCGUAGUGUGGAUAGAUUACGCUAAGCAAUGGCUUGCUAAAAGGGAACAGCCUGAGUCCACUGGCAUCUUCGUAUGUGUGGCGCUCGUAUCUUUCACCCUGAAUAAAGAGAUUCCACCAGUCAAGACGGUCAAUUCCGGCUACAGUGCACCAUUAGAGCUGAACCAUCAGUUCUACAUGGACGACCUUAAGCUGCAUGCAAGAUCUGUCUGA